GCCAUCGCGGGGCUGGGCGUCGUGGGCCUGCUGUGCCUGGGCUUCGGGCUGGUGAUGGUGCUGACGCUGCCCGGCAUGUUGCGGCAGCAGGUCGCCAAGAAUAUGGGAAUUGAUCCCAACAAAUCCAUGUUCAACGUUUGGAAAGAUCUCCCCUUGCCGUUCUUCUUUUCCUUCUAUGUCUUUGAUGUGAUGAAUCCCGAGGACAUUCUUUCAGGAGCCAAGCCGAUCGUGAGUCAACGUGGCCCUUACGUGUACAGGGAGCACAGGCAGAAGAGAAACAUCACUUUUCACAGCAACAAUACCGUCUCCUUUCUGAAUUAUCGGUCGUUUUUCUUCCAACCGAACCUUUCCAACGGGUCGGAGUCCGAUUAUAUCGUCAUGCCGAAUAUCUUGGUGUUGGGAGCAGCUGUAAUGUUGGAAGACAUGCCGUUUCCCGUGAAGCUAACCUUCAGUACCACUCUAUCUUUCUUCAAAGAAAGGACGUUCAUAAACCGAACUGUCAAGGAGCUCAUAUGGGGAUAUGACGAACCCUUCACCCAGUUCUUGAACAGCCUUGGACUCACCUUCGUUCCGUACAAACAAAAAUUUGGCUUAUUUGUUGAUUUAAACAAUUCCCACUCGGGUCUCUUUACUGUGAAUACGGGCAUGGACGAUAUUUCCAAAGCCUAUAUGGUGGAUACUUGGAAUGGAUUAAAAAAGUUACCAUACUGGCAUUCGGAGCAAUGUAACAUGAUUAAUGGAACCUCCGGAGAAAUGUGGCCACCAUUCAUGACUCCCUCUUCGCCUGUGGAACUCUAUUCGCCAGAUGCCUGCAGGUCCAUUAAACUGAACUAUACUGGUUCUGGAACAUUCAAAGGCAUACCGGUUUAUCGCUACACAUUUCCAAAGACCCUGUUUGCCAAUGGAACAGUCUAUCCGCCCAAUGAGGGCUUUUGUCCGUGUCGGCAAUCCGGGAUCCAGGCCAUUAGCCCCUGUCAAUCAAAUGCACCAAUAUUUAUUUCUCAACCUCACUUCCUAAAUGCUGAUCCAGCGUUACUGGACACGGUAGAGGGUCUGUAUCCAAAUGAAGCAGAACACGAUCUUUUUGUCAAUAUACAUCCGCUGACGGGGAUUCCCAUGAACUGUUCGGUCAAAAUACAACUGAAUCUCUUAAUAAAACAUGUCCCUGGUGUCUGGCAAACUGGACAUAUAAAGCCUGUGGUGUUACCCCUGCUUUGGUUUUCAGAGAGCGCAGUGGUUGAAGGAGAUCUUUUGAAUGACUUCUAUAUCCAUCUAAUAAUUAUUCCUUCAUUGCUGGAAUACCUGAAGUACUGCCUGGUGGCCCUGGGAGGUCUUCUGCUCUUGGGAGCUGGCUUCCUUGGGCUCAGGAGCAAGAGAAAGGCUCCAACGAGGACCUCAGAAACACCCAGUCUUACGGAAGCUUCAGAAACAACCCCACUUCUGCAGGAGGACCCAAACACAAUUCAGAGUAGCAGUAACACAUAAUAAACCUCGGUUCCUCCUCGCGAAGGAUCUUGAGUUCUUUUACCAAUCCCACUUAUUCGUGGGCAGGAAAAAACGAAAGGGAAUGGAUGUCCCCAUUGGAAACUCGAGGACCGUGCUGCAGCCGGGAAGAAGUUAAGACCCACUUUCCAAAACAGCCAGCCUACUCCAAGUUGUUUUUCUCAUGCAAAGACAUGAAGAACAUCAACGCCAUCUGAUUUUGAAGACCAUUGGAGGACACUUGGAGUAGCCAAGCAAAGCCCCCACUCUGUUCCCACCAUUUGCCAACAAAGCCUGGAUCUUUCCCUGCUUCUCAUCCCCAGAAAGUCCUUUGAUCCUUCUUAAAGGUGAAAAUCACAUUUUUACCCCUUUACGACGAAAGGUGUACAUUCCCUGCUGGCGUUUACCUAUGGGGCUAUUCAGCGGGCCCCAUACCUGCAAAAGAACCUUCAACAUAGACUCUUUCCCCCUUUCAAACAAGAGCUCACUCAUGACCAGCUUCACAACUGCCAUUCUGCCAGCAAAUGUAGUCAGAAUCAUCAUCGGAAGGCAAACUCUGGUUCCAGAUGACCCAGCACUGGUUGGUCCGGGCCCCAAAACAAUCUCAUUUUCACUGACCAUCUUAUCAGGGUUCAGGAAGCACCAGCACCGUGCCCAGCCAAACCAGCUGGAAACGGGCAUUGUGGAGGGUCUCUGCGUGCAGGGAAUAAACAUGGCCGCUGCGCGCUCUUGAAACCAACCCGUGAAUCUCUUUCCCUGGGAGCCCUUUGGGCUCCAAAUUUUGUUCUUUUUCAGCCAGUACCUCCUGAUGGAACAUCGCCUUCUUUUUUUUGUUGUUUGUGUUGAAGUUUAACUGGAAACACAACGCUUAGGCACAUGCUGUGUUGUUUUAAAUAUCUGCCCGGAGCAGAAGAAAGAUGAUUCUCUGAAUCUGGGCUGAGAUGGGGUUUUUUAUGUCAAUCCAAGUUCAGUUCAAGUGGAGGGAGCAGCAAUCACGGGGACAAAGAAAAGUGGCUUGUUAUGAUAUGAUUCCUUGGGAACUAAUGAACGCUGGAUUUUGAAUUCCCCUGUCCUCCUGUAAAGGGCGUCGGGUUUUUUUUUCAAAUAACUUUAUUAGAUUUUAAAAUAAGAACAUGAAAAACUAACAAAAAACUAAUAUGAAAGGGAAAGAAGG